AUGGCCGAAUUCACUAGCCAGCGGGGCAAGCGGCAGGAGGACAGCGGGCUGGGCAGCGUCCUCGACCUGCUGUUGGCCAACGCCAGGCUGGUGCUGGGUGUCAGCGGCGCGGCCGUGCUCGCCAUCGCCACGUUGGCUGUCAAGCGGCUGAUAGACCGAGCCACCAGCCCUCGUGACGAAGGCGAUCCCAAAGCUGAGCAGAAGACCCUGGAGGAGAGCUGGCAGGACUUGGCCUUGAUCAAGGCAACGCCAAAACUCCCCAAGAAGCAGAGAAGGGAAGACCUCAGCGAGCCUCUGCUCUCUCCAGCUCGGCCGCCGGCGCCAGAGCCCAGGGUCUGCUCUGCCCCUCCGGAGACUCCUCAGGUUGAAUUCAGCCCUCCACGCUGCCUCACGCUGCAGGAGAAGCUCCUCUCCCACUACAGCAGCCGGCUGGCCGUGCCCGAGACGCAAGCAUCCCUCGCCCCGCAGCUGGCCAGGAGCAUCUGCGCCCAACUGCAGAACUUCCUGCAAAUCAAGUGCCCGGAGCUGCCCUUCGGCAGCCUCUUCCUCAGCGGUCCCCUGCUCGAUGGCCUCGGAGCUCUGGCAGCUGACCACGUCCACCUCAUGCUGCCGGUGGUCCUUGACGCUGCGCUCUGGAGCCUCAUCCCAGGAGAGGACACCGUGGUGAGGAACCCCCAGUACUGGAUGAUCAAGAGGACUGAUCUGGAGUAUUUCCCUCGUGGGCGUAGCCCCUGGGACAGGUUCAUCGUGGGCCGGUACCUCUCCUCCAACGCGCUCAAUGAGACCCUUCACAAGAUGCUGGUGGCCUCCAUCAACUGGCCUGCCAUAGGCAGCCUGCUGGGGACCGUCAUCCACCCGGUCGUGGCUUCCCAGGAGCUGAAACUGGAAGUCAAACACGACCAGGUCGAGCUGAGCAUCGCCCUCUUCCCGGUGGUGGAAAUGGAGGACAAGGUUCUUCUGGCUGCUCCUCCUGAAGGACUGGUGGAAAACCUCUGGCUUGAGAGCUUUUACAGGGCAGAGGUUUCAAAGCUGAAGGAGCUGGAUGCCGGUGACGCCGGGGCUCGGCAGCGCUGCCUCCGCAUCCUGAACGGCAUCUGCAAGAGCCAUCCCACCCUGCACAAACUGAGCGGCAGCCCCUUGACCCAUGUCGUCCUUCAUCUCAGUGCCACCAGUUCGGACUGGGCAGAAGAAAGCCUUGCUGACAGGUUCCAGCAGGUGCUUGAGGAGCUGGUAGGCUACCUGGAAAAAGGGGUCCUGCCUUCCUAUUUCAACCACAAAAUCAACCUCUUUUGUGAGCUGUUGGAAGAGGAAAUUGAUGAAAUGGGCUUCAUGCUCUACAGGGCGGUAUCUGAGCCGGAGCUCCUGCUGAAGGAGAAAUGACUGGUGUGUCGGGAGCUCCCGAACUUAGGGUGUUCCUCGCCCAUCUGCUGCUCCCCGCUGUGAAGGUUGGGAUGCUUCUAGUUGACUAGUCAGUAAGAGGCGAAGUUCUUGCACUUUAUGAGAAAAAAAAAAGUAUUUCCUGUCUGAAUAAAACGUGCCUGAGCAGAGGUGGGUGUUGGCAUAAGGAGCCUUUGGCUGGGAGGCUCUGCUGAACCCAGGGCAAGUGCAGCCCACACCUCAAGUACCUACAGGUGAGUCCCGUCCCCUGGGUGUUGGGAGCCGAUGUGAAGCACGUUUGGUCUCUGGUUCCCAGUGUCCUCUGCCUGUCCCAGCCUGCUGUCACAACUGUCAGGCUCCCCUCAUGCUCUGAGACCAGCUGGAGCUGGAAGGGAGCAGUUCCUUGCUG